AGCAUUCAGAGCUUCAGACGCCUACAGAGAAGAUGGAGAUGAAGAUGAGCUGUGUGUGUUUGGUGCUGGGGCUGGUCCUGCUGAUGACCAUCUCCUCAGACGCUCAGCCUCACGCCCUUGACCAUCCCCGUCUGUGCUGUUUCACCUUCGUCACUGUUAAUAUUCCAAAAAAAGAAAUACUACAAGUUGUAAAAACAGAUGACAACUGCUCAAAGCCCGGCUACGUGUAUACAACACCGAAGGGUAAACUCUGCAAGAAGGUCCUGCAGUUAAACUAGAUCUCAGAGCUGCAGCUUCCACACAGCCCAGCCGCAGCAAAGAAAAAAAACAUGAUGAAGACAAAUUCGAUUUCAGAGCCGCAGCUUCUGUACAACAUCCAAUGCUUUUAUUCUUUCAUUAUUAUUAAUGGUUAUUUUAUGCAGUGCAGCAUUUAUA